AUGCCCAACUCCCCACCCAUCCUUGAAGUCUCCCACCUUCCCUCCGCAGCCUCUUUCUACGCAUCCAUUGCCCAACCCCUCGGAAUCCACUACCUCUUCUCCACUCCGCCCUCUUCUCCUCUCGCCCUUUUACAUUACGGCAAUCCGAGCACAAAAGAGAUCAUCUUCUCACUCACUCCGUCCCCCGUCCCAAGGGCUGCGAAGAUAUACCUCCCAGCAUCAACAUCCAAAGCGGUCAUCGAUUUUCAGAAAAUCAGCGAGCAAGCGAAUCCAAGGGAUAAUACGCAGGGGAUUAGACAUACGCAGGGGGAUGAGGGCGAGGAAGUGGUGUGUUGCGCGGAGGAUUGGGACGGGAAUAUGAUUGAGGUUACCUUUUCGGAGAGGAAAGAGGAGGGCAAGGGGAGUCGGGUUGCGGAGUGGCAGGAGGAUGUUGCGAGGUCAACGGCCGGGUCUGGCGCUGGGCCAGGGAACCUGAAGAGGGCGGAGACGUUUCCGAGGGGUGGUGGUGGGUUGGGAGGUGGGUUGAUGGAGGAGAAGAGGCCUGAGGCGAAGAGGAGUGUCAGUGGUGGUAUUAGUAGAGGGACGGUGAUAGGGACGCUGCUUGGUGCGGCGGCCGGAGCGGCGCUGGCGUAUGCGAUGGUUAGGAGCGAGAGUCCUCAACCUGUUCCGGAACCGCCGGCGUAUGAGUAUAGUAGAGGGGAACAUGGGUAUAGAAGGGAUGGGUAUGGGCAGGAAGAAGGUGUUGUCGAACAUAUCCCGGCGACUUCGAGGGUGGGUAGUGUAAGACAGAUGGAAAGGGUGGAUGUGAGGCCGAGGUAUGUGGAGAGGUAUACUACUAUUCCCGAGCUGGGGAGGGGGGGCGAUGGGCCUAGGGAGUUGGAGACUAUUGCGGAGGGCUCUUAUAUCUCGACGAGAUCGAGACGGAGCAAGAAAGCGGAAAGUCAUUAUGAGAGGCCACUCGCUAUUCUUCCGGCGCUGGAGGCGAGGGAGGGAAGUCAUGUUAGUCGGAGGGAGGAGGGGAGUCAUGUUAGUAGACGGAGCGAGCGAGAUGAGGGGAGUCACGUCUCUCAUCGCUCUCAUCGCAGCUCAGGCAGUCGUCGGAGUAGUGGUGGGAAGAAAGAAAGAAGUGAAGCGGGAGGUGGAGGGAAGGAAGAGAGUUUCCACACCGCAAGGAGUGAUGUCACUGUUAAACCCGCCACAACUGUGUACGUCGCUGCGCCCGCGUCACACGUGAGCAGCAGAUCAAGGAGAGAGAAGAGUGGCGAGACGGUCGUGAAGGUCGGCGGCAGCGCCGUCUCCGUCCGACCGAGUCGUGUCGCGCUGCCGGAGAGUGUGGUUGAGGGGAGUAGGUCUGGCAGGAGUAAGAGUGGGAAGAGUCGAGUCGACGACGGCGCAUCCCGUGCUUCGAAAUCUAGGUCUGGGAAGAGUAGGAGUGGCAGGAGUAGACAUGGUCAUGAUGAGUAUGACGAGUAUGCCACCUUCGGGGCGGAACGCGUUGAGUUGCCGGAUUCGGUCGUGGGAGGCGGGAAUUACGAGGCCAGUGUUGCGCCGAGUGAUAGUGUUAGUUGUGUGGGGAGUAAGAUGGAGAGGUUGAGGUUGGUGGAGAGGAUGAGGAAGAGUGCGAAUUAUGUGGGUAGAUAA